AGUAGACAGUCUGCCUCAAGGGCCUUCCACAGGGCCAGGCGCCGCGCCAUGUGCACGCCCCGUCCGCUGUCGGGCGUCUUGGCGGGGGCUGGCCAUGGCCUCACCCGCUGGCGAAGACGACGGGUCCCCUGCGACAGACAGGGCCGAGCUGACAUCGGAGCCGGAUGCCUCGCAGGGGUGUGUCCCCAGAUCGGCGAGCAUGGCCGAGGUGGAAAAAGACAAGAGGCGGUGGAAGACUCUGCAGUUCGCCGUGAAGGCGAUUGCCACCGCAGGCGUCUCAUCGGACGCGGGAAGGCCAGCGGACGCAGGGGCCGCUAAGACCGAAGGCCUGCGACAGCGCAAGCGCCAUGCGACGCUUCCUUCGGACCUCGCCGAAGGCCCUGAGCAGGAGCAGCGGAGGGCGCUGGACGCCGAAGAUGGUCCCCACGCCUCAUCUGCCGAUAUCCCCAGACACCAGAAGAGACGCUCCUGUCCGGAACUGCCCUCACCUGUCCGGAAGGCCAACACCUGUCCGGAGAUGUCUGCGCCGCUGAAGUCCGACGGCUCGAAGAGCCCCAGUCGGAGUUCUGCGAGCCGGUCGCGGUCUCCCUCGAGGGAGAGGGCGGUCACGGUCCCGUCCGUGGCGCCGCCCGACCUCCGAAGGAUGUGGACGCGCCACAGCCGCGGGAGCAUCUCCGAGUUCUUCGGGGCCGCCUCGCGCCGCUGGAACACCCUGCGGAGCGUCUGCUUCACCGGGGACCUGGCCAGCGACAUGCGCGAGGCCGCGGGCUCCGAGGAGCGCGCGCCGAGCAAGGACACGCGGUCGGAGCACGAGAAGAGCUGCGAGAGGGCGGCGGAGUGGCUCGAGCUGCUGAGGGCGAGCCCGGGGGCUCUGUCGCAGGAGGACCUGGAGGCGGAGCUGAAGGACCUGCUCGAGUACAAGAUAACAGGAAGGUUCAGGCGCGGCUCCUGCACCAUGCCAUGGCCGUGUCGGUGAAGGAGAGGGAGGCCGACGCCGAGUCCGUGAGGAGGGUCCUCAACGCUCGGGCCGACGUGCACGGGAAGGCGUCCUACUGGAAGGGGGAGAUGCGGAACGACCUCGAGGCCAUCCACGUUGCUGCUGGAUUGGGCUACGUGCCGGUGCUGCAGGCCAUCAUCGAUGCGGUGUCGCAGCGGGAGGGGCUUGACAAGGUGCCCGACCUGGUCAACAGAUAUUGUAUGAUGGGCAGUGACAAGUUUUACGCUCCCAUCCAUGACGCAGCUUAUUUGGGCAAAGCUGACGCAGUGACCUUUCUGCUCAAGCACCGCGCGGACCCCUCGAAGCAGAACCGGGAAGGCAAUACGCCGUUGCACUUCAUUGCGAAGCAGAGCCUCUUGCAAGGGUACGAAACCGAGCAGGAGCUUGAGGCAAUGGUACGGUCGAUGAUCAAGGCCAAGGCUCGCCUUGACGCCAGGAACUUACAGAACAGGAUACCUCUGGAGGAGGCAGUGCAGGACGAGAGCAGCUUCCCCAGGCGGCUUCUGCACUUCCUGGCACCGUCUUUCCAGGUCGCAACGAGGGAGCCGGCCACUGCGCAGCAGCAGCCGUCGAUCAUCCACGUCAAGAGCACCAGCUCCGAGGGGGGGUCGCCCAUGGCCAAUACGAAGUGUGAGCACUCGUUCUUGGAAGAUAUGUGCGUCUUGUCAUGCUUGAACACGGAUGCGGCGAAUCAGCUGUCUCAUCACCUAUCCGAGGACCCGGACUGCCACGUCCGCGUGAGGAUUGACGCCCAGAAGGACAACGCGGUCGACCACAUGGCCAGCCUGUUCCACAUGGCCCCCGAGGCCGCGGCGAAGAUGCUGGAGAUCCUGCUCGUGAAGCCAGCCGUGGAGGACCCUGGGCACCACCCGAUUCGCACGCGCGCCAGCCUCUGGGGCCUCAUGUACCACAAGCGCAUGCGCUGCACGUACCAGGCGGACUUCAAAGCGGUGGACGUGGAGCAGCAGAGCGGCCUGCAGGUUCGGGACUCCACGGAGAAAGAGAAGAUCAGGCUGCCACAGUGGCAGUGGGACUCCGACAAGGCCGACAAAGCCGACUGGAAGGACCAGGUGCAGACCGAGAGGUGGCACGCCGACUUGGUACAGACGCCUGCCGAAGACCAGGAACGCCGCGACCAUGUAUACGACGUUGACACGAAGGUCGUGCUAUUGCCGAACAUCCUAGACAUCGACAUCUUCAUGGCCUUGGCCUCGACGCCCGAGGCGCACAGCUGCAUAUUCGCGAAGCUGUCGGUCCAGGGCAUCAUCUACUGCUGUUGGGACAACCUGUGUAUACCUGUAGUCUACACGCGGCUUUUCCUUAACGUGGUGGACCUGGUGGUGCAGGGGUACUGGGGCCUUCUCAACAUCAGCAUGCAGAGCCGCGGCGCAGGCGGGUCUCUCUGGCUGCGCCCCUCGCUGUGGUGGUCCGUAGUGGCUGCGAGCGUCCUCAGGGACAUGCUAAACAUGGCAUGGUGGUACAGGUCCUAUGCGGCCAAGUACGCAGCCCAUUACGCCAAGUACCGCGCGUGGCAGUCGAAUGAAAAGCCUCAGGCUGCAGGCGAACAAGGGGCCAGCAGUCCCGCGUCGCGGCCUCCGAGCUUGCAUUCCUUAUGGCGGCCCCAAGCGUUUCUCACUCUCCAUACAAUAUUCGAGAUCUGCCUGAUGGUGUCCAAGCUGGGCUUCGUGUGGCUGACAUUCGGAACCACAGGCGGCGCCGUGGGGGACGCGGGGCAGGCCAUGCUCACGGCCAACACCGUGCUUCAGCUGUAUAAGGUGAUCUACAUGUUGCGCCUGACCAAUUUCUGCAAGAAGAUCAGCACCAUUCUGAGUGCUUUCUCGAGUGGUGCGAUCUGCGAGGUCAUGGUUGUGACGUUGCUGUUCUUCUUCUCCGUAUGUCUGGCCUUCGCCAUGCUGAGCAACACGCCGACGUACACCUCAAUGGGGUGGCUCUUUCUGUAUCGCGGCCUGCUCUUCGGCGACGGGGAUGCGCUUGAUGCGAUGGGCCUGCAGUUCAUGUGUACGACCGACGAGGGAGGGGCACCUUCGGUGAAUAACUUCACUCAGACGAGCGUGAUGCUCCUCGCUACUCUGCUUUUCAACAUAGUGAUCAUGAACCUGACGACCGCCGUCUACAGCGCGGAGUACGACCGUCUUGAGAAGGAAGCAGAACUUCACUUUCAGCGAGAACGGGCCAAGGCCUGCUGUGAGAUCUUGCUCAGCCUGCAGAAGAUUAAGCUUCCGCCGGACGACGAGACCUCCCCCGGCCGCUCGGCCAAUGUCCUGCAGUUUCUGAAGGGUUCUUGCGUCUUCUGUGUGAUCGUCGGCAUCUUGCUGCACCUGAAAAGCCAUGGUCGGGGAGUCUAUUGCGUGCAGUUGGCGUCGGCUGUGCUCCUCGCGUACGCGCAGGUCGUGACACAGGCGGUGUGGAUGGCGAGCGACUGGUUCCCGCUGCGCGAGGAUGGCGAGGAGGGCCCCGAAAAGGAGCACUUCCUGUGGAUUUGCUAUAGGUCUGAUUUCUGUGAGGACCAGUUUGCCCCGAACGACCUCGACAAGCAAGUAUUCCAGGAAGUAGUGGAGGAGAGGCUCGGCAAGCUGGACGAGUUUAUGUCUGACCGAGUCGUGAGGCUCGACGCAGCGAUAGACAGCAUGAACGAAGCGUUCGAGGACAAGAUGAAUUGCCUCGAGGCCAGGAUCGAGAAACUGCUCCAGUUGCAGCACAGCUGCGUGCAAGCCGCGGAGCACGUUGGGGAGGGCCUCGGCAUGCUGGCGGGCCUGAAGCAGCCCAUGGUGACCGUCGACACCGACCAGUCUGGCGCGACGGGAUCAGAUGACCACUUGCUGAGGCAGCCGCAGGUGCCGAGGGCCUCGAGCAGCGGAACGCUUGAGCAGGGCUUGUCGCAGGCGCUCCAGGAGACGUCACCUGGCAAGUCGCCCGUGCCGCUCAGACCGGCCGCGGAGGACUCGUCGGGGCUGACGAGCCCCUCCACUCCUGCGAUCGGCACCCUGCGGCCGCCGGUCUCCAAGCAGGUGCAGUUCAUGCAGAGCCCCCUGCUCUCGCCGCAGGGCUCGUCUGCCAGCAUCGGGCCGGUGAGUCCGCGGCCGAGGAGCCCGCGGCGCACGGAGGCGCGAAACAAACAUACUAAUCCACGGCGGCGCCAGUACGUGAACGCCAGGGACUCCAAGACUCAUGAGGCUGUGCCUGCGCCAAGUGCAUCGUGAGUUGUUGUGGCGCGACAGGCGUGAGCAUUUCAUCCGCACGGGCGUGCCAUUGGAUGCCCGAUAGAAAGAGCA